AACAGCGCCUCCACACACAACAGGUCAAAACCGUUAUUACAUCCGGGUCUGGCGCUAUAUUCCUUCCGCUUACAUUUUAUAACGCUGAUCCAGGGAGAUCACGAAGGUAAGAUGUUGUCCUGUCUCGGUUGUCCCGUUCUGAGCCGGGUUCUCACCAAUGGGGCUUCACGUGCCCCGGUUGCUGUGGUUGCAGCUGGUGCAUCACGCUCUUCUGUAGCCAUCAGCACUGCCUCUCCCCCAAACCCCAUGACACCGGUGCGAUACAACAGCAGCACAGCUCAACAGGAAAAACCAAAGAAGACCAAAUUUGGACCUCUAGCUGACCAGGACAGAAUAUUCACUAACCUAUAUGGACGUCAUGACUGGAGGCUGAAGGGUGCCCUGAGGAGAGGUGACUGGUACAAGACCAAGGAGAUUUUGGAUAAAGGAGUGGACUGGAUCCUGAAUGAAGUUAAGGUCUCAGGGCUGCGUGGCCGAGGAGGAGCUGGAUUCCCCACAGGGAUGAAGUGGAGCUUCAUGAACAAGCCCAGUGAUGGCAGGCCUAAAUAUCUGGUAGUGAAUGCUGACGAAGGAGAACCCGGUACCUGCAAGGACAGAGAGAUCAUGCGUAAUGAUCCCCACAAGCUGAUUGAGGGCUGUCUGGUGGCUGGCAGGGCCAUGGGAGCACGUGCAGCCUACAUCUACAUCCGAGGAGAGUUCUACAAUGAGUCGUCCAAUCUGCAGGUGGCCAUUAAUGAGGCCUAUGCAGCAGGGCUGAUUGGCAGGAACGCAUGCGGCUCAGGAUAUGACUUUGAUGUGUUUGUGAUGCGCGGUGCGGGAGCGUACAUCUGCGGAGAGGAGACGGCCCUCAUUGAGUCCAUCGAGGGAAAACAGGGAAAACCUCGUCUGAAGCCCCCUUUCCCUGCUGACGUGGGCGUGUUUGGCUGUCCAACAACCGUUGCUAAUGUUGAGACAGUAGCUGUGGCACCGACCAUCUGCCGUCGCGGUGGCACGUGGUUUCUGAGUUUCGGCCGAGAGAGGAACUCUGGCACGAAGCUCUUCAACAUUUCAGGCCAUGUCAACAACCCUUGCACGGUGGAAGAAGAGAUGUCCAUACCUUUGAAAGAGCUGAUUGAAAGACAUGCAGGAGGUGUCCGGGGUGGUUGGGAUAAUCUUCUGUGUGUUAUUCCUGGUGGCUCUUCCACACCACUAAUCCCACGCCAUGUGUGCGACACCGUUCUCAUGGAUUUUGAUGCCCUCAUUCAGGCCCAGACCGGUCUUGGCACAGCUGCACUUAUUGUCAUGGAUAAAUCAACUGAUGUUAUUCGAGCUAUUGCCCGCUUGAUUGAAUUCUACAAGCACGAGAGCUGUGGGCAAUGCACUCCUUGCAGAGAGGGAGUGGACUGGAUGAAUAAGAUGAUGUGGCGCUUUGUGAAAGGCGAUGCACAGUCAGCAGAGAUUGACAUGAUCUGGGAGAUCAGCAAGCAGAUUGAGGGCCACACCAUCUGCGCUUUGGGAGACGGAGCUGCAUGGCCAGUUCAGGGAUUGAUUCGUCACUUCCGCCCUUUAAUGGAGAGCAGAAUCGCAGACUUCAAACAGAAACAGCAGGCACAUGCUUGAACGCUUCAUAUCUGCGUCUCUCGCUCAUCUAGUCACUUCUAGUUAUUUAAGCAAAACUGUCACGGUCUCUCACUCGCUGAUUGGUAAACUGCUGGCAUCCUCCAUUUGCUUCUCUUACAUAUAUCAGGGACAUUAAAUAAAAGUCAUGUGGUUCUUUGAACCCUUUUUGCAAUUCUAUCCCACCGUGAUGAUCGGUUCAACAUCACACUCCUCCUGACUUGACACAUUAAAAAAAGAGUGAAAACUGUUUGAGCAGAUGCAUCACUCAUAUACAGUAACUGAGUAAAGGGUAUUGGUUGAUGUACUUAUGUUAAAUCCCAUUAUGAUGUUUAUGCCAUUUUUCUUGAUAAGAACAUUUUACACUGUAUAAACACUUAUUUGUGGAAAUAAAGAGCCUAGAACUUGAAA